AUGGUGGGCAGCCGAAUCACGACCCGUGCCUCCGCCGUCAAUGCGCGCUGGCACGCGCGUCUGGCAGCGCUGCUGGCGGCUUCGAAAAAGUACGAAAGGGCUGUGGCCCACUUCCGACGGGCUUUAAGUGGACUGGAAGAGGCUACGGCGGCGAACGAAAAUCCGGAGGACGAGACGCAAUGGCUUGAGUGGCGAGUCCGAUGGCAGUUUGAGCUCGCGGCGAUUGAAUGUAAGCGCGGCUAUCACUCAAGAGCUGUCGAACUAUACGAAACGAUUAUGCAGACAAACCCCGGAUGCGUCGAGGCACAAGUUAAUUUGGCGGCGCAGCUCGCCAUCACAGACGCAAAUCGUCUGGAAGAGGCACUUGGACUUUGCAUGCAAGCGCUCGCGCUGAAUCCUAAUCUUGCAGAAGCGCACUACAAUCGAAACGUGCUGCUUCGAAGAAUGGGUCGUCAAAGUGAAGCUGUUCGUGUUUAUUGGAAUUAUUUAAUUCAGGAAAUUGGAGCAGAUGUUGUCAAAAAGGUAUUGCCUGCUAAGGCUGAGCUGCUCUAUGGUGAUGGAGAGCUACGUGCAGACACAUUUGGGGUCGAUAAUGGUGGGCACUUAAUGUACAAUUCAGUGUGUGAAAAUAAUGGAUUCGUAGUUCUUUGUGUGAAAUGGGGUACCAAGUAUGGGGCAGAAUACGUGAACAAGCUAUACAAUUCGGUCAUGCGUCACUGCGGUGGACUACGGUUGAAUUUGGUUUGUCUGACUGAUAAUAUCGACGGCAUUGACCAACAUGAUAACUUGAUCACUAUGCAGUUAUAUAGCGGCUGGAAAGGAUGGUGGAACAAGUGUCAACUAUUUUCCGAUACAAUUAUGUCAAAACUUCGUGCGCUUGGUCACUCGCGAUGCCUUUAUCUGGAUCUCGAUAUUGUUAUCGUUGGCAACUUAGCUGAUUUGCUGUCGUGGUCACCUCCGCCGGGUGUUCUAGGUCUACUAAAGACAGAUCAUAUGGUUAACGAACAGCGAUGUGGAGGGUAUAACAGCAGUAUAAUGGCUUGGCGUAUCGACAAUGACGAGCAUGAUGCGCCGCUUCUUGUACUCCACGACUUUUUGCACGCACACUAUAUUGCCAUCAGCAAAUAUAUAUAUAAAUUCGACCAUUGGCUUGAAAUGGCCAGCGCGGGUACAUGCUUUUUACAAAAUACAUUUCCUGACCAAAUAGUUGAAUACUGUAGUCUCGACAAGAAAGCUCCAAUACCUCCCCCAAAUGCAACGAUCGUGUGCUUUCCACUGGUUCCUAAACCGCACGAAGCUACUGCACCCUGGAUUGCAAAACAUUGGGUUUGA